GCGUUUGGACAAAAUAAUCCCUUCAAGCUUCUGAAGGAACAAAGAAUAAUAUUCCGCUUUUCUCCCCAUCGGAACCAUUUGACAUGUCACUGCGAUAAAAGAAGUGGCCUAUGGCAAGGUGGUUAAGCGGUUAGGGAAAGGGAAAGAAAGGACAUCAAAAUAAAGUGCUGCGGAGGCAUCUCAGGCUGUGAGACGACGAGUGCGAAGAGCGAAGGCGCUUGAGAGGGGCUGAGGGAAUUGUCCUCUGUGCGAGGGACUUUCUUUAGCCCCUAGGCCUCUGUCCGCCCCUAUCGUCAGCAGAGAGAUGGAAAGCUUGAUGACUAGUUCCACCCUGCCGCCUCUUUUUGCAGAUGAAGAUGGCUCCAAGGAGAGUAAUGAUCUGGCUACAACUGGAUUAACCCACCCAGAGGUUCCAUACAGUAGUGGCACUACAUCAUCUACCAACAAUCCAGAAUUUGUGGAAGAUCUUGCCCAAGGUCAGUUGCUUCAGAAUGAGUCUUCAAAUACAGCAGAAGGCACUGAACAGAGGCAUGAGGAUGAGCAAAGAAGUAAACGAGGAGGGUGGUCUAAAGGAAGAAAGCGGAAGAAACCUCUUCGAGACAGCAAUGCACCCAAAUCCCCCCUCACAGGAUAUGUUCGGUUCAUGAAUGAGCGUCGAGAACAGCUUCGGGCUAAGAGACCAGAAGUCCCAUUUCCAGAAAUUACAAGAAUGUUAGGCAAUGAAUGGAGUAAACUGCCUCCUGAGGAAAAGCAGCGCUACCUUGAUGAAGCAGACAGAGAUAAGGAGCGUUACAUGAAAGAACUGGAGCAGUAUCAGAAAACUGAAGCCUACAAGGUCUUCAGCAGAAAAACCCAGGACCGUCAGAAAGGCAAAUCUCAUAGGCAAGAUGCAGCCCGGCAGGCCACUCAUGAUCAUGAGAAAGAAACAGAGGUAAAGGAACGGUCUGUUUUUGACAUCCCUAUAUUUACAGAGGAAUUCCUGAACCACAGCAAAGCUCGGGAGGCAGAGCUCCGCCAGCUACGCAAAUCCAACAUGGAGUUCGAGGAGAGGAAUGCGGCCCUGCAAAAGCACGUGGAGAGCAUGCGCACAGCAGUGGAAAAGCUAGAGGUGGAUGUGAUCCAGGAACGCAGCCGCAACACAGUCCUGCAGCAGCACCUGGAGACCCUGCGGCAGGUGUUGACCAGCAGCUUUGCCGGCAUGCCCUUGCCUGGAAGUGGAGAGACACCUACAGUGGACACCAUUGACUCAUAUAUGAACAGACUGCACAGUAUUAUUUUAGCUAAUCCCCAAGACAAUGAAAGCUUCAUAGCUACGGUUCGAGAAGUUGUGAACAGGCUUGAUCGUUAGGGAAUGGUCUUUGCGCUCCAGGGUGUUGUGUAAGUGUUUUUGCUUGUGAGGAAUGAGAAGCCAUCCAUGGAAAUUUGAACUGAGCUGAGAAGGGUCUGAGAAGAGAGAUCCCUUUGCUUGUGAAAGAAGUCCCAGGGAGUAUGAGGCCUUCACCCCAGGGCACAACGGCAGGUUGCUGCAUGGAGCAUGUGUGAGAGCGCCCUGUGAAACUGUCCCGUGUGGAGCUUUGACAGUGUGCAGCUGCUCUCCCAGGCCUUCGGCUUCCCGUCGUUUCCAUUUCUGUUCAUGUGGAUCUGCGACUCUUCUGAGCUGUCUGAGCGACCCUGAGGCUGGCAUCUGCCAUUGCAGAAAGGAAGACUUCUCAUUGUUGGAUUUCAAUUUCCAUUGGACCCUUUUAUCAGCAGAGCUACAGUUGUCUUACCUCGCUGUCACUUUCUUUAAUGCCUUCGGGGGUUGUUUUUGCUUACUUGGCCCCCACCACUUUAUCCAUCUCUUGUCUUCUGACCUCUGGGCUUUGCUGCUCAGCAGGAUUCUGAAGGAGAGCUCCUCUCAUUGGACAGGCCCAGUCUUCUCCCAUCGUUGCCCCACUGUGACUCCAAAAAAAGGAGCUUCUUGUUGACAGUGCCCUGCAGAGCCAGGCUGUGUUUCCCACUCCACAGGGCGCUCAGUGGGUGCCAGCCCUCGGUGUGGCUUUGUGAGUCUGCCCUGAAGGAGAAUGCUCUUUCCUUCCUCCCUGGCUCUGCCUGCUGUUUCCUAAGCAGUGCUCUUGCACAGACACAGUGUCCCAGCCCCAGCAAGGCUCUUCUGUUCCAUCUGUUGGCAGUGUCUUGUGGCUCAUUUUUGCUGAGGGAAAGGUCAUUGGCAAACAGAGGAGAAAGGGAAAGAGUCACUUCUCAUUUGGUACUGAAAGAAAGCCCGAAGUCUAUCAUAAGUGAAAACAGGAGUCCCUGCCUCCUAUAGGUAUAGCGAUUCAUGGAUUUAGAUAAGUAGACGCAUCAUUCAGAAAGCGUCUCUUGAUCUCACAGAACCGGCAUAGAAAAAUUCUCAUGAACUUCAUCUUUUUUCUGUAGCCAUCUGCUGAAUCUAUGUGAAAAAGACAUAGAUUAUUCUUCCCCUUUAGUGUUUUUUUUUAAUAGCAAAGGUGAAAAGAGCUUUCUGAUUUUUAUUUGUUUUGUUUUGUUUUUUAUUUAGAUAUGGGUUCUCGCUAUGUUGCCCAAUCUGGAGUACAGCAGCUAUUCACAGGCACAGUCAUGGCACACUAUAGCCUCCAACUCCUACACUCAAGCCCUGCGCCUGGCAGCUUAUGGUUCUUUUAACAGCAGAAGGAGGCCAGGCGCAGUGGCUCAUGCCUAUAAUCUCAGCACUUUGGGAGGCUGAGGUGAGAGGAUUGCC